GCAGCCGGCCGGGCAGAGGCGAGGACUCGCCGGAGAUGGAGGAGAUGCAGCGAGCUGCGCCAUGAAACCCGGGGGCCCGGGCACCUGCUGGCACCUGGCCUCCUUCACCCGGUCCUGGCACAGCCCGGCGGGCCCGGGCGCGCCCCACGUGCCCGCGCAGGAGAGCCGCCCGGCCGGGCGCCCGGCCGCUGAGGGGGGCCUCCUGCCCGCCCCGCCCCGGCUGAGGAGAUGGAGGAGCAGGUGUUCAAGGGGGACCCGGACACCCCCCACUCCAUCUCCUUCUCGGGCAGCGGCUUCCUCUCCUACUACCAGGCGGGGGCGGUGGACGCCCUGCGGGACCUGGCCCCCCGGAUGCUGGACACCGCCCACCGCUUCGCCGGCACGUCGGCGGGCGCCGUGAUCGCCGCCCUGGUCAUCUGCGGCAUCGAGAUGGAUGAGUACCUGCGCGUCCUCAACGUGGGUGUGGCCGAGACGAAGAAGUCCUUCCUGGGGCCCCUGGCGCCCUCCUGCAGGAUGGUGCCCAUGAUGCGGCAGUUCCUGUACCAGGCGCUGCCCGAGGACUCCUACAAGGCCGCCACCGGCAAGCUGCACGUGAGCCUCACCCGCUUCACCGACGGGGAGAGCGUCGUGGUUUCCGAGUACACGUCCAAAGAGGAGCUCAUCGAGGCCCUGUACUGCAGCUGCUUUGUGCCCGUGUACUGCGGCCUCAUCCCCCCGACCUACCGCGGCGUGCGGUACAUCGACGGCGGCUUCACGGGCAUGCAGCCCUGCUCCUUCUGGACAGACGCCAUCACCAUCUCCACCUUCAGCGGCCAGCAGGACAUCUGCCCUCGGGACUGCCCUGCCAUCUUCCAUGACUUCCGCAUGUUCAACUGCUCCUUCCAGUUCUCCCUGGAGAACAUCACCAGGAUGACCCAUGCCCUGUUCCCCCCCGACCUGAUGGCCCUGCACAAUUACUACUACCGAGGGUACGACGAUGCCGUAAUGUACCUGAGGCGGCUGAAUGCUGCUUACCUCAGUUCUCCCUCCAGGAGGGUGAUUUUCCCGCGGGUGGAAGUGUACUGCCAGAUAGAGCUGGCCCUCGGCGGCCAGGGCCCGGAGCACAGCCAGCCCGGCCUCCGGGCGGAGCAGGCCCGGCCGGAGGAAUCCAGGCAGCUCCCCUCACAGCGGGACCCCAGAGAGCGAGAGAGCGGCGGCCACGGCCCGCCUGUGUCCCCGCCUGCACAGCCCCCCGAACCCACACCUGAGCGGCCGGUGGAGUCCCCCGCUCCGGCCCUGGCCGCUGCGUCUGAGCCGCCACCUGCGGGGGCCCCGGGCCCUGCGCCGCCUGUGUCACUCCCCGCUGGGCCCACCCCGCCCAGCUCACCCCCUGGUCUGGCACCGGCGCCACCACAGGAGCAGGCACAACGGACUGGAUCGCCCCCCGAGUCCCCACCCUCACAGCCGUCGCUGUCACUCAGGCCAGGUCCGGGGCCUUCGGCCAGGGGGGCACCUCGUACGCGGCCUCGGUGUCCUUCGGCGUCAGCUGCGCAGCCCCCCGCGGAGGAGCUGGGCUCCGCACAGCCCCAAGCUCCUCUGGCCUCUCUGAGCCCGCGAAGCGCCGCGCCUCCGGCGGACGGGGAGGAGACGGGCAGCCGGCCAGACGCCGCCGGGGCGGGCCCCGCCGCAGCCUCCAGCGGGGUGACCAAGGCGUUCAAGAAGAACAAACCAAAGACCAGUGGCUCCAGAAGAGGCUUCCCGAGGCAGCCACGGCCCAAAAGGCCGGGCGGCAAAGCGCAGUCUGCACCCUGCCCACCCGACAGCUCUGUGCUCUCCACGCCCAAGACUGUGUGGGUCACCUGCAGGCCUUGCCCCAGCGGGAUCCAGGAAUGCAGCAGCCCCGAGGAAGCUGUGAGCCGCGAGAGAGAACUGGAGCUGGAACGGGAGAGGACCUGACGGCCCGGCCGAGCCUUCUCCCACUGUUCUCAGACGCUGUCCCCUCGUCCUCAGCCUUUGGGGGGCCAGGGGGACCCACCAUCAGGCCUGUUGGUGUAGAGGGUCCUGCUUCCCUCCGGCGAGCACCUUCUUGUCUCAACAUCCUCUCAGCUUACACUACCUGCUCUGGACAGACGGGCGGACAGGGACGGGAACUGGGGAGCAUGCAGCGCAGCCCCCUUGUUAGCAGGCCCCGGCAGGGGGGUGCCUUGCUCCCGCCCCAGCCCGCUUGGGCCAGCUGGGUCCCAGCCUCAGGAUGCGGUCCGAGGGGCAAAACUCUGGAGGGCCCAGCAGGGCUGAGCCACGGACACCUCCCUGUUCCCUGUGGGGUCAGGAAAGCACAUUCCUGAGUUUUGUUUCCCAUUCACACAGCCAACUACAGGCUCCACGCGGACUGGCCGCCGCCUCGGCCGCCACUGGAACCCGCGAUGGAGCUGCGGUGGCAGCAGCCCCCGGGUCCGGGGCUGGGGGGCUGCGAGGGGGGCUGGCGGCUCUGCCCCCCUGAGUGGGUGGCUUUAGAGGAAACGGGCCAGACGUCCCCCCUCCCCCGGCCCGAAUGAGGACAGACUCCGCUGUUCACACCGAAGGGAAAGGUUCCACAAGAAAGACAGCUUCAGCCUCAGUUUCCCCAGCCUGUCCUGAAAAACCAGCCCCUCCAGCCCGGCCGGGCCGGGCCCCGUGAGGAAGCCCAGGCUGUCCGAGGCCUCGGACGCGUUUGCCUAACAGGUCCUCGAACCCCGAACCCAGGGGCUGGGUGGAAGUGGCCCUGACCAGACUGGGCACCAGGAGGACGGAGCAGAUUUAGCCUGGGGGGCGGGGCUGAUGGAAGGAGGCCCCGGUGGAGCCUGCGUGUAACGGGGACCACAUUGGGGAACACGAGUCUUCGCGAGCCCCCUCAGAAGCUUCUGCCGGAGGACCCGGAUGUGCCGGGAGAGGCCGGAGCGGAGUCCAGUCUCCGGCGUGUGGACCCCGGCCCGCCCGGCUCUGUGGCCCAGAGCGGUUCUGGGAGUCCAGCCUUUCCUCCUGCAGGUGGCUAGGCCCAGAGGCCUGAGCCUGGAGGUGUGUGGGUGGGGGACCCCGUUUGCACAGCUCCGGAGAGUGUGCCCCUGGUGUGCAAGGGAGACCUGCGUAGGCUCGUACCUGCUGACUCAGCUCAGAGCCCGGCGGCAGAGCCCAGAUGCUCCCAUGCUACCGUUACAAGCACCAGUAAGUCCCCUUGCAUAUUUCCUUCAUUUUGCUUGAUUUUCUUUUCCCCCAUUUUGAGGUAAUCAAGAGAAUUCUUCCUGCAUUAGUUUCAGGGCUGCCAGAUAAAACACUGGAAGCUUUGUUAAAUUUGCAUUCAGAUAAAUCAUGAAUAUUUAUUUAGUAUAAGUAUGUCCCCAAUAUUGCAAUUAUUAUUAUUAUUUUUUGUAUAUCUGAAAUUCAAAUUUAACAGGGCCACCGUGUUCUUGCUUGCUAAUUAGUUCCUUUCUCCUUCUUACGCUUUUAAAAACAAAAACAAUAAAAAACACACAAAUGGAUUUUUUUUAUUUUUUAAGCCAGUCGCCCUGCUUUGUAACUGGGAGGUCUCUCUGGUGCCAAGGCCAAGGCCAGCACACUCUGGUUUUCCGAAUAAGCGAAUCUGAAUGGCAGCGACAGUGCGGCCCUCUGUGACUAACACCCCGAACUCGACCAGUUCUCCGCUGACCCCGCUACCCCUGACUCACCCGCUCAGCCUCCUGAUGGCUCGGGUGAGGCGCUGGGCUAAUUAUGUCCUGAUGUCACUUGCCCACCUUCAGAAGCCUUCGGAGCAGCAGGGCCUCCAUGUGCUGCAGGGCUCUUGCAGAGCUCCUCGGUCUGAGCCGAGGGAGGCCCUCCCUCAUACGAGGUCCACCACCCCAUGUUCCCAAAGGCAUGGAAGCCCCCUAACCAGCGAGGUCCAUUAGCAUCCCGAGGGCGGGACUGUGCCUUUUGCAUCCGCCCUGGCCCAUGGUGAGUGCUCGGUGGUUUGGUAGAUGA